CUUACUCUAGCAACGCCAGGAGGCUAUGUGCAUUAUAAAAAGGCUUUAUUGGAAUAUUAUUUCUUUGAGAAACCCAGGUUGUAUUCGUUCUUAUCUCAAUGUACAAAGUGUUAGUGCAGGACAAGAAGUGCUUCAAAAGGCAGUCGGACGUGAACAGGUGAAAUUUCUUAAUCUCCGAAUCCAAUGAAAUUACAGUGUAAAAUUAAUGCUUAGUAUGUAUAAUAUGUGCAAUGUAUACAAACUCAAAUCAAAACAAUUGGUAUCAAUCAAGUCGAAAUGAAAACAAUAACUCACAAAGAAACAUUCAGUCGUUCCGUCAUUAAUGAGGUGGUAGGAGUGUUUGUUAUUAAUAAAAAAAUAAUGCGUAAAGAGAUGAGAUAAAAAAGAUGAGUCGUGAAACAUUUUUUAUUCUCGCAGUAUUCGUCGUGUUUUCGAUUCAGACAACAGAUUUCCAAGAAAAUCUUAUCAAUGGUUAUCGAAAUCUAAUAGCAGAUAUACAAAUAAGGACACAAAAAUCUCGUGAAGACAUGGACACUCUAGUUUCACAAAUAAAACUACUCAUGAAGAACGAAGCAGAUAAAGCGAUAAAUUAUAUGACAGUCUACCUUGAACAGAUAUCCCUCUAUUUUCAAGUCAUAAUUCACGAUCGUAAACCUCGCAACGGCACUUAUUGCAAGGAGAGCAUCGUAAAACUACUGGGCGAAAAUCUGCAGCUCGCUGAUGAGAAUGUCACGCUCUGCUUGGCUCUGGGCUAUCAGAGAGUACAAAGGUUGCCGGAGAAAUUACAAGUUCAUUUUGAAACGUUGGAAAAUCUGAAAAAAUAUUCUGCUUCAAAACUAUUUGAAUGUCAAAAGCAACAGCAGGUCGGUGGGAACUGCUCUCAUGAAAGUCAGGACCUAGAGAGAACAGUGUUUCUCUACGAAACAUCGCCUUUCCCAGUAGUAAUGGCUGAAAUCGCAAUCCACGGAUUUAAAGAAGUGUCCGACCUUAGUGUAUGUUUGAAGGACAUUAUAUCGAGAAUGAUGACACACUCGGUCAAAGUGAUUGGCGACUUUAACAGGUGCAUCCACAACAUUGAAAUGCCUAAACUUAAGUACUUAUUAAAAUUCAUGAAGAAAUAUGCUUAAGAACUAAUAUUAAU